AUGAUUUCUUUCCUGAAUAACGAUAAGCGACGAACAAAACAAAUGAAUUUGAGUACAGAAUUGAGAAAAGAACGACCAACUUUUCAUAAAGGCGGUAUUACGAUUGAACAGCAUGUUUGUGUACGAGAAAAGAAAGUGCCAUUACUGUGGGAUACUUCUGAAUCAACGUGUACGUCAUAUAAACGAGCUAUACGUUGUGUUACGAGUGACAGUAACGGAACGUUGAUAAGAAUCAUUGAAUGUUGUGAUGGAUAUUACACUUCAGAUAUCAAGAAAGGAUGCUUUCCGUACGAUAUUCCAAAAACUCUGGAUGAAUUGUUGCAUAAAAAGAAUGUCUGUAUAGAGCCAUUCGCAUCAAAGGAUAUCAAAUUUACAACCUUACUGAUACCAAGCAAUGAAUCAUGCUCAGAGAACGAUACUGAAAGCAGGAAUUGGGAUCAAUACAUCCUGGAACAACCGUAUCGUAGCUAUGAAAUGUUAAACUCUCAGAAAUUGCCAACUCGAAAACAAGGAGCUUUUGUUAUUGUAUCGAGAAAUCUCGAGCAAACAGAUUUAGACGAUAAACCUCUUUUGAAUUGUAUCAAAAUAAGAGAUGAAGAUCUGGAAUGGAAAAAUGGCACUGUGCAACUGUUAAAUGGACCUUUACCUAAUAUAACAGAUCAAACACUUUUUGACAUUAUUAUAAAUGAUUCGAAUUUUUCUGCUUUCAGCAGUUUGUUAACUGAUGAUCUUCAAGAACGUCUUGCAUCAAACAAUCUCAUUUCAACUGUAUUCGUUUUUAACAACGAAAAAUUUUCUUCAUUAUCUUUAUCACUUCAAGCACGUAUGUAUCAAAAAAAAGGAUGCGCAAGAGAAUUAAUCAAGGAACAUAUAUAUGAUGGUAUGUUAUGCUCACCAUUCAAGGAAAAUGCUAUAACAUCAAUUACUGGUAUCAAACAUCGCUUUUACAAACAGUGGGAUGGAAAUAACACAGAAUUAAUUCGUCUGGAUAAUGGUCGAAUUUUAAGUACUAAUCGAGUAGCUUCAAAUGGUGUCAUUCAUAUCAUCGAUGAUGUAAUACUUCGAGAACAAUCUGCAAUAGAUUGGCGCGACCACUUAGAAUUUCCCGGUCGAGAAUUCCUGGAAAUCGUUGAACGCAAUAUUGGUUAUGAAGAUGACCCAGUGGCCAUAUUUGUACCACCCAAUGAUUCAUUCCGAAAUUUGACAGAUGAAAAAUCAUUUGUUAUGAAUCAUAUUAUCAUGAAUGACUCAUAUGUCACAAAUAAUCUGAUCGAAACAGCAUAUGGUUCGAAGAUUCCUUCAUCGGCGAAAUCUGUAAGGCCGGUUUUCGGAUGUGCAAAAACAGUAGAAACACCUACGAAGUAUUGCAACACGAUCAUUUAUACUAUUGAUGCUCCUUUACCAAGAACUACGAAUACAUUAGAAGAGCUGCUAACUGCUCGAAAUGAAUUUUCUGUAUUUGCUUCGUUACUCAAUGACAGUAACGUCAGUUUGGAGAAUGAUCGACUGUAUACCAUUUUUCUGCCUUCCAAUGAUGCAUUAUCGAAUAAUCAAGUUCGAGCACUAAGAACGAAUAAAACGAUGGCAAAUAAUUUUGUCCGCAGACAUAUUUUUGAGGGACUGUUCUGUUCGAAGAAUCUCCAGGUAAGAACAAGUAAUGGAGAGCUUCCUGUAAUUCUGAAAAAUGUUAGAGGUGAAUAUUACAGUGGUCACAGAGUAGACAAGAAGACAACAUUUGGUAAUAUUAAUUUACAGGAUGUGGAUAUGCUUGCUGUGAAUGGUAUCUUACACAUACUGGAGAGUCCACUGAAAAGUCCACAACACAUCGCACGCAGACAUCAAACACUAUGCUCGGCUUUUAAUUCCAUUUAA